AACUAAAGUCUGAUGCCUGUCCCUACAGCAGUCCACGGAGUGGUCAUGGCAGGUGCUGAGGUCACAGUGUCCUCAAGGAAUAUAGUGAUGGUGAAGGAAGAGGAGGAGGAAGGGGAGCCCUGUGAGAGCCAUAAGACUCAGGUCAUCCUCCACCUGCAGCCCAUCAUACAGGGGUAAGACUUUAAACCACAGCUACAAUGCAAAGAGGGGGCACUGGACACAACAGGGUGGAGGGUUUGAGUUACCAUUUGGACAAAAUGCAAAAGUCUAAAAAUUCUGUUUGCAAUUAGUAACUAAUUUACUUUACACAGUAACGAUAAUGUAAUUACACUAAGAAAUUACAAAUGUAACAAAAAAGUUUUUUUUACAAAAUGUACAUAAGUGUGCUUUUCUAGACAUCCAAGUUGUCAGUUAUAAGAUCAAGAGUAAGAUAAAACUGUUGUUGAAGUGUAGAAUUCUGACAGCAUGUUCUGUUAUAUACUGUACAUUGUAACAGCUGCCUCAGUGGGAGUGGUGAAUAUUGUGUGAAAUAGUGGACUUUGUCGCCUCCUACAGGGCAAAUGAGGACAACGCUAACACUGGAUCCUCUGUCCUAGCCAUAGAGACACACAAUGGUAAGAUUCCACAAGACGCUUUGUUUCUAUUCCUUAUUUAUAUGACCAGUAUUUUAAUUCAUUACUACAUUCAACGUAGAGAUUAGAUUUGUAUUGUAUACAUCAUCUAGUAAUUUUUAAAAACGGGAUAAAUCAUUUGUAUUUGUUUUGUUGUGUUUUUGAUGUAUGGAUGCUUGCUUGUGAUAUUGUGUGUGUUAUGUACUGCGUGUUUAUAUUGUGUUUUACCAUUAUGAAUGUUAGAAGACAAUCUUGCGGAGGGUGAGGAGGUUGAGUAUGGAUACCCCAUCACCUGUGGCGAAAGCAAAGCAGUCCUCCUGUUUAAGAAGUUUGUCUGUCCUGGCAUCAACAUCAGAUGUGUCAAGGUACCAGGAUGCCUCUUUAGUCAUCAAGUAACUUGUUCAUAAGUACUGAAUGUCACUAAGAAACAUGCUGGUGUACGUGUGUGUGUGUACGUGUGUGUGUGCUGUUUUUUUUUUGGGGGGGGGGGGGGGGGGGGGGGUUGUGUGUGUGUUUGUGUGUGUGUGUUCGUGUUCAUAGAUAAUUUUGCUUUCCACUGUCAAUAUGAAAGCAUGUGAGAUUUGUAAUUCUUAUUUAACUCUUUCUGUGCCUGUGAUUCUCUGUGUUGCUUUCCCUCCUCCCUGCAGUUCAAUGACCAGCUGAUCAGCCCCAAGCAGUUUGUUCACAUGGCAGGGAAAGCCACGCUGAAGGACUGGAAGAGGGCCAUCCGACUGGGAGGGGUGAUGCUCAGGUAGGCUGCGUCAUACUGGGUGGAGGACAGGGUUUACAUUUACAUUUUGGUCAUUUAGCAGACACUCUUAUCCAGAGAUACUUACAGUCAGUGCAUUCAACUAAAGUAGGUAAGACAACCACAUAUCACAAGUAAAAACGUUAUUGAAUAAAGCAGCUAUCAGCAGAAUCAGUGCUAGUACAAAAAAGACAAGUGCAGGUUGGGGUCAAUAUGUGUCUGGGAUCUUCUUGUUUUGCCUGCAUUGGGGCAACUGGAGUUUUUUGCCAAUACAUUCCACUAGCAGUUAGUAAGCAGCGUUCUUGUGGUGGUAGGAUCACAUAUCACGCUGUCAAAUUGCUGAGUGAUGCAUUUCUCACCCCAUCUUCGUGUUUGCACUUGUUCUCUGUCUAACGGUGGUUUAGUCUGCUGCCUUCAGCCCUACAUAUCAGAUCAGAAGCUUUUGUUACAAGCAAAACUUUGAAAAAACAUUUAAUACACAUAUUACACAACCAGAAGUGUUAGCUAUUUUCUGACUGGAUUAGAUAUAGUGAUAACACUGUUUAUUAUUAUAUAACUAAUCAUAAAAUAAAUAUACUGAACCAUUCUCCAACUCCUCUCUUAUGUCCUCUAUGCAGGAAAAUGAUGGACUCAGGUCAGAUUGACUUCUACCAGCAUGACACAGUGUGCACCAACACCUGCCGCAGCACCAAGUUUGACGUGUUGAUCAACAGCACCCGCUUCCUUCCGGGCAGCGCCAUGCAGCCCCCCCCUUCCCCUCUGCCCAGUGAGCCUAUCAGCCAAGGGCAUACCUAACUACAGUACACUUUUACUAUGGGCAUUUAUCUCUCAUAUUCCGUGGCUGCUGACAUUUAUUAUACUGCUGUUUUUAUCCCUGCACAAACUACACUUCCCCGUCAUAAACUGUACCACUCAUAUUUUGAAAUGGACUACAUCAAAACUUCAAUGAAUAAUUGCCCUCAGCAUUCUUUGGUGUGGCACCUAUUUUAUCACUGCAGAGGGCAGUGAUUGGAAUCUAGAAGUGGGAAAACGAUUAGAUUUAGGGGCCUCAAUGGUCUCCCCAGCAGCCCAUAGAACUUGGAUAGAAAACCCUGUGCUAUGAAGGCACUUGCAGAGUCACACAGUUGUUACCACUGCUUACAACCAAAUGUCUACAACAGAACUGUAUCAGAAUUUGAGCUAGUGAUAUGAGUGAUGACAUGAGAUGUUGUUGGCGUGAUUUGAUGUGUGUUGGUGGCUCUCUGUGUAUAGUAGAUGGAGGCCAUGCUGCAGUGUCAGAUGAGAGGCUAGAGGAGAAGGACUACAUUACAGUGGAGUGGAGCCCUGGGCCAGCCCCUCCCAUCCCCAGCACAGCCAAUGGACAUGUCAAGAGGAAAAGGGGUGAUAUCAUCCCUGGUCAGCAUAGCAGCUACAGGGAGUUAUAAAUUGAUAGUUAUCUUAAUGUAAACACACGCAAACAGGCACGCGCAUACGCACACACAUUCACACACACAUACUGUAUAAACACACACGCUCAAUCACGCAUGGUGGCACACACACACGCACACACGCACACACACACACACACACACACACACACACACACACACACACACACACACACACACACACACACACACACACACACACACACACACCACACACACACGUUUCUUAGGGACAUACAGUACAAUGAACAAGUCACUUUGAUGACUAAAAAGGCAUCUUGGUCACAUCUGACGUCUUGACAUACACACACACACAUUACCCCCCACACCAUUCCUCUUUCCUAAUCAUACCACGCCUCUUGCCUUUCUCUAGAUGGCAGUCUAAGCUUUUGGAGAGGCAUAGCAGAAGUUGGCCUGAUGGGGGAGGUGUUAUCCAGUUUCCGCACAGAACUGGUGGCCAUGUUGAGAGGAGUGGAGGUCCGCAGUGAGAAGGCCAUUUUGCAAGAGGCCGGUGAGCUUACACACUGGGAGACAGCUUCCCACAAAUACUUACAUAAUACUUACAUGUAUGAAAUAUCAGAGAGUUUAAAAAAAAUUAUGUGGGUAACAUGUACACUGAGUGUACAAAACAUUAAGAACACCUUCCUAAUAUUGAGUUGCACCCCCCCCUUUUGCCCUCAGACAGCCUCAAUUUGUCGGGGCAUGGACUCUACAAGGUGUCGAAAGCGUUCCACAGGGAUGUUGGCCCAUGUUGACUCCAAUGCUUCGCACAGUUGUGUCAAGGUGGCUGGAUGUCCUUUGGGUGGUGGACCAUUCUUGAUACACACGGGAAACUGUUGAGCGCCUGUACUCAAUGUAUUUAGCAGGUUUAUAUAAAGGGAGGUGGAUUGGCAAGAGUUUCCUAGAUUUUUUUGGGGGGGGUGGGAUUGGUUAAUUUGUUUGACUGAUUUAUUUUAAUUGCCUGUCUAUUUGUUGUAACUGUAAUGUGUUUUGUUGUGUCAGAUGCUGUUGUACUGAACUCCCUUUCUGAGAUGUUUGGGCUGCUGGACUCAGUUAGGAGGGUUCUGGACCUGAGACGCAGUAAGACUGAUGACAACCAGCAGCAGGUCCACAAUGCUCUUAAUGGUGAGAGAAUGUAAGCUUGGAUGUGAGCUUGGAAUGGGCAAAUAUACAGUACACUUAGAAAAAAGAGUUCCAAAAGGGUUCUUCGGCUGUCCCCAUAUGAUAACCCUUUUUGGUUCCAGGUAGAACACUUUUUGGUUCUAGGUAGAACUCUUUUGGGUUCCAUGUAAAGGGUUCUACAUGGAACUCAAAUGGGUUCUAACUGGAACCAAAAGGGGUUCUCCUAUGGGGACAGCCGAAGAACCCAUUUAGGUUCUAGAUAGCACCUUUUUUUAUAAGAGUGUAACAUAAACAUUGUCAUAUACAAUACUCUAUAUCAGAGGCAACACCAUUUGGACUGUACUUACAAUAGCUAGAUUUGGCUCCUUGCACUAAAAGUAACACCAUUGCUUAAGUUAUUUUUCCUUACCUGAUAUGUAAACAGACUAUUACUAUGUUAGGUUUCCUUAUUUCACUGUUCAUUACCUGAUGUUACUACCAUGUAUCCUUCGUCAGUGCUGGAGGACCAUUUGGAGGACCAGAGAAAGCCGAGGCAGGAUGAGCCCCCACCCAGCCCUGGUCACCUCUACGUGGGCAGCUUCUCCAAGGCCAUCCCCUCAAAGUGCCCACGGCUGCAUCGCUCCAGCUCUUCCACCACCCAGCCUCAGAACCAGACCACCCGAUCGUCCAUCGUCUUAUCCCCCAUCACCACAUCCCCAGUGGGUCAGCCUAUCAAUGUGGCCGGCCUGCCUGUGGGCACACUGGCCCAAUUCCCCACCAGCUCCCAGCUCUUCACUUACUUCACCACUGGCAACACCUCUGCAGGAAAGAGAGGCAGUGCCGGGUCUGUGGCUCUCCAUGCAGCCUCCAGGGUGACUGUGCUCAACACUACCACAGAGUCAGGGGUGGGGACCCCUCUACAGGUGCUUCAUCUAACCCAGGAGAGGGAGCAGGAGUCUGGGGACAUGGAGAGCCAGAGGCUGGGGCUGGGAGAGGAGAGGAGAGGAUAGUACUUGUGCAGCACGGGCUACUAGUGGACACUUCAGGGAUUCAGACACACUAGGCUGGGAACAGUGGGGGCUCAAUCAGAGAUGGAGGAAGAGGG